AUGUGCAGCGACAACCUGGAAGGGUCCAUUGGCGUGGGCCACAUCAUCGCCGGAGCAACAGCAGGCAACGGCGUGCGGCGCGGCUUGCUCUACUUCAACUUGACUGGUGCUCCCUUUGAGCCAACCAAGCUCACAAGCGCGACACUCACCCUCAAGCCCUACCGCGCAGGGAGCGGCUCCGACUCAUCCACGUUCUCCCUCUGGCGGCUGCAGAAGCACUGGACGACCGGCAACAGCACCUCUGCGUCUGGCCGGUGUGCGACUGCGAUGGCCGGCGACGUUACGUGGAAGUAUAACUCCUUUAACGUGCAGACAUGGGAUCAUCUCGGUGGCGAUUUCGCCCAAACGAGCAGCAGUCAGAGCACCAUCACUCCAAGCAAGCUCGUCUUUGAUGUCACGACUGAUGUCAAGUCCUGGCUCUCGCAAACCGCUCCCAACCACGGCUGGGUGCUCCAGGGCGAGGAAAACAAGUCAAGCACGGCUGUGCUGUUUUACAGCUCCGAGUCAUUCAACGGGCCGUAUCUCACCUUUAACAUGAAGGAAUAG